UCUUGCUGUUGAUCCAUUGAGAGGGUAUCUGUUCUGGGCUGAUUGGGGGAUCACUCGCAUAUCAGUGCUGCUGUGAUGGACGGAACGAGACAGAGACACAUUGUGGUGGAUGGAUUGGUGUGGCUGAAUGGAAUAGCGGUUGAUACGAUAACACAGAGGAUCUACUAGAUGGACGGCAAUCAUGGAGUGGUUGAGGUUUGUGAUUAUUUGGGUCACAAUAGAAGAGUUAUUAUACAGGGUGGUGUUGGACGGCCUCUCUUUAUUGCGUUGUAUGAGGAAAAGGUGUACGUGUCAUCUGAUUGGGGACCGAGGAAGGAGGGAAGAGUUUUUGUUGCCAAUCGAUUUGAUGGAUCACAUUUGAUGAUGAUUGAUCAUGAUGUGGACUCUGUACACGGCAUUGCAGUUUAUCAGAAACAACAACAGCAACACACUCCCAAUCACUGCGAUCAAGCGAACUGCAGUCAUUAUUGUGUCACCAGUUUUGUGUCGGACUACAAGUGUUUCUGUCCCGAUGGCUCCCACUUGUUGAAUGACGAAAAAACAUGUUCAGUCGGUGUUGAAAGAUGUAAUGACAGUUACUGUAAUUACAAUGGACAUUGUGUGAAGGAAGGCAACACAAAUAAAUGUUUAUGUCGUAGUGACCGCACUGGAUCUCAAUGCACUGACGUUGUUUGCAAGACUCUGUCUUGUCCCAUCACUCGAUGCCACAGCCGUGGAUGAUGUUAUAUCUCAGUAGAAGGUCACUACUGCAUUUGUAAUGAUGGUUACUCUGGUGUUUACUGUGAGUCCGAUAUCUCUCCCAUCACUUCUCCAUUUGAUAAUUCUACAACCACAUCUCCUGCAUCACCUCGUGUUGUCGAUAAUGUCGGUCAGAGCAAAGGAAGCAACGCAGUAGCCAUUUCUGUAGGAGGUGCCAUCGGUGGUCUAGUGGUCGUCGCAAUUAUUAUCAUUCUCGUUAUUCUCUUGGUAAAGAAUGUGAGAGGCAAGCUGUUGAUUAACUUUGAUAAUCCCAUGUACCAUUCUGACUCUAGCUCAGUUGUUAUCCCACCAAAGGUGGGAGUUGAAGAGGUCAACCACAGUAAAGAGGUCAAUGGCACGCAUACAGCUCUGGCUACUUCCACGUCUGUCUGACGAAUCCUUGAGAGAAUCGUUUUCUUCCUUUGGUGGUCUAGUGUUGUUGACCUUGAUAACGUUGAGUUUACCAAUCAUCAUCAUCCGAUCACGUGACGUCAAUACUAAACAAGCAAUUUCGUUUUCCAUUUAAAUUAGCAUAGUUCUUUUGACUGCAUGUAAGAUACAUGAAUUAGUACAUAAUAGGACACACAAGUUACCUUAAUUGUAGAAAAAUGAAUGUUAUAGAGAAAGAAAUUGAUAUUAAUGUGUGGAAGAC